AAAAGUUAACGAACCUUAACAGGUAAAAUGUCGGUCAGUUUCACGGCAGGGCAGAAGCCACACGUCGUGACCGAAAAUUCCUUUUCGGUGGAUCACAAGCCAAUUUCCACAUUCGAAUAUCAACCAUGCCCAUUUAAACAUUCCACUCCUUCGAUUCCUUCUUCUUCACUUCUCUCAACUCAAUCACAUAUCCAUGAUCAUCGGAUUCCCUCUACGGAACUCGCAAUCAUGACUUCUUGGAUUCUUUGACACGCGCAUACGCCAUUACGGCUCUGGCCACACUUGCUUUUAUUCCUUCAAAACAUUGCUUUCACGAUAUUAGCUUUUCCCACUGUGUCCUCUCGAAACACAUCAAACAAGGACCGUUGAAUUCCAGGCUAGCCAGCAGGAAAUUCUAUCUCAAAAUGACGCCGAAUCUUUACCUGCUCACCAUCAAUCUCUUCACGCCACAUCGCUGGUUCACCAACAGCAAGCGAAAGACCAAGCGAUCAUCCGGUCGCAAGGAGCAUUGGAAUAAUCCUGUUCCUGGCCACUACGAAUACAUCCCUGGUCGAGGAUGGUACUUGGUCGCUCAGGACUCGGGCGAGCCCACUCGACGAGAGCAAGUCGUGUAUUGCGCCAUUAAUCGCCGCUGGAUGCUAUUAACCGAUCUCAAUGCGCGCACAACCUGGGCGACCGUCCCCGAUGAGCGAGGAAAGCCUAAACGCAGAAGGUUUUUCCGCACCGACGAUGGAUGUACUUGGCUCUCUUGCUGGGACGAACACGGCAAAUUCGUGCCUGGUCCGUGGCCGAGCUGGCACGUGGACAAGGAGACUGGAAGGUUUCGCAGCAUUUCUUCCAGCAAUGGCACCGUUUCAAGCCGCAGUAGCAGCAGUACUCGGUCAAAAUCAGAUGCAGCUGAGAUGCGCGCCUGAUCGUUUCGUUCAGCUCCUGCUACCCUUUGGUGGAGAAUGACGCACACCAAUCAUAAUCCUUUCGCUAUUCAUGAGGCUGUCUCGACAUUCAUCCGGACAAUGCUGGUCAAUUUCAAGACUGUGCCAGUAUUU